AUGGCUAAACCAACUAAGAUUCAAAGGGUGCAGAGGAGGACUAAAGAGAAGGACCAAAUGGUUCAGCUACCCAGGGAGUCGAAAGGGGUCAACAGAAGGCAUCAUUCUCCUGAAUCACAGGGGAGAAGGGAUGGAAGCUUAUCGGGCAUGGAGGGCCAAGGUCGUUAUGAUGGGAGAUAUCCCAAGGGAGGACCAGUAAAGAUGGAUCGAAUGGAGUCUGUGCGUGACUCUGGUGAUUCUGGCAGAAAGGCUGAUAGUGGGCGCAUACCUACGCAGCAGCAGGGGAAGGCUAAGGUAUCAAUGCAUGAGACAAGAGGAAGAGAAGCUGCUACGGAGACUAAGAAAAGUGGUCGAAAUGGGGGCUCGGAGAUGGAGUAG